AUGACACAAGAAGAACAAAUAGUUAUUGAUAAUGAACCUACUCCGGAAGAGGUCAACAGAUUAACAAUUGCCAAAAUUGAAAAUGGUUUCCAAUUGGUUUCUAAAACUGUUCAAACUUUUGAUCAACGUUAUAUCUUUAAAACAUUAAGAGAUUUAGUAUCAAUUAGAAAACAAUUAAAUCUUGAUGUUUUACAAUAUUUAAUUAAUAAAUAUCUUGAUGAUGAUUAUCAAAAUUAUCUUUUAAAAUUUAUUGAUGGUAAAUUGGAAACAAAUGAUGAAUUAAAUCAAUUUGAAGGUGAAAUUUUACCAGAAAUUAAUUUCUUAAUUCAUUUAUUAGUACAAUUUUAUUUGUUAGAUAAGGGGGAAUUAUCAAAAUUAGAUGAAUUAAAUGUUGAAUAUAUCUUGAAAUUGAUUAAAUUACAUAAUAGACGUUCAUUAGAUUUAAUUAAUGCAAAAAUUUGGUUUUAUAUUUCAAGAACAAAAGAAUUAUUAAAUGAUUUAAUUUCAAUUAGAUCUGAAUUAUUAUUAGCAUUAAGAAUUUCCACCAUAAGACAUGAUGAUGAAACUUCAGGUUCUUUAAUAACUUUAAUAUUAAGAAAUUAUAUUUUGGUUCAUGAUUAUUCUCAAGCUUCAAAUUUUAUUGAAAAAAUUGAAUUACCAAAACAAGUUUCAAAUUCAAUUGAAACAAGAUAUUAUUUUUAUUUAGCCAAAAUAAAUUCAAUUCAAUUAAAUUAUUCAGAUUCUCAUGAUUUUGUUACUACAGCAAUUAGAAAAGCUCCACAAACUACAAAUGCAAUUGGAUUUUUAACUUCUGCAUAUAAAUUAAAUGUUUUAAUUGAAUUAUUAACUGGUGAUAUUCCAGAAUUAUCAUUUUUCCAAAAACCAGGUUUUGAAAAAGUUUUAAAACCAUAUCAAGAUAUAACAAAAGCUGUUAAAUUAGGUGAUUUGAAAAUUUUUAAUGAAACUUUGACAAAAUAUCAUGAUUUAUUAAUUAAAGAUGAUAAUUAUAGUUUAGUUACAAGAUUAAGAUCAAAUGUUAUUAAAACAGGUAUUAGAAUCAUUUCAUUAUCUUAUACUAAGAUUUCAUUAAAAGAUAUAUGUAUUAAAUUACAUUUAGAUAAUGAAUCAUCAGCAGAAUAUAUUGUAUCAAAAUCAAUAAGAGAUGGAGUUAUUGAUGCUAAAAUUAAUCAUCAAAAAGGUUAUGUUGAAAGUAAUGAAAUUAAAAAUAUUUAUUCAACAAAUCAACCACAAGAUCAAUUUAAUCAAAGAAUUAAUUUUGUUAAUUCUUUACAUAAUGAUAGUAUUAAAGCAAUGAGAUAUCCACCAAGUUCAAAUAGAACUGAAAUUUCAAAUAAAAAUGAAUCUCAAGAUGAUGAAAAUGAAUUAAUUAAUGCAUUACAAGAAGAUUUUGAAGAUGAUUUCUUCUGA